AUGAAUCCAUAUUUAAUGGUUCACAUAAGUACUUUAAGACGAGUAAACAAUUGCUUAUAUGCUACAAGGUGCAUGAAUAUUUUUGAUAGUCUAGUUAUUGUCUCAUACCAAUCCUACCCUACUAUUGCCAGUGCUAGUACUAGUACUGAUAAUAGUAUAUUUGGAAAUAAAAUGGCUAAAUUGUCUAUGGACGAAUUCCAAGAACAAGCCCCAAGUACCUAUUUCAAACUAAAGACCAUUCGCCGGACUAAAAUAACUCCAAAUUUCCCCAAUUCUGCUCCUUUGCCUACGUUUGGGCAGUUAGAUGGUGAUAAAAAUUGUAUAAAUAAAGCUUCAUGGCACUUAUCCCCAUUCGAUGGUUGUACUUUAGAUCAAUGUAAUACGUAUUGUAAUAAUGGUAGCUGUUCAUAUGAUAAUAAUACUUGUAAUUGCCAGUAUGAAAGCUAUGAUGCGCAUGGUAAUAUCAAAAAAUUUGAUGAUUGUCUUGAUUGUCUGUACCUAGAAAGUUUAGAGGCGCGGAAACAAUUGGAAAUUCAAAAGGCAAGUGCGCCAAAUGUACAAAACAACAUUGCGGAAUGUUGUUUUAAUUCAGACAAACAAACAAGUAAUAAGAUUGAGCGAGACGCUGAGGAUGAAUUGCCCUUCAUUCCUUAUAUGGAACUGGGGUCUCGCACUGGUUGUUAUGUGACGCCUACUCGUGUGGAUGAAAAAAGCGAUCAGUCAUCUAAUAAAUCAAAUGAAAUGUCCUCUAAUACAAUUAUCACACACCCUCCAACUGAAGUAAAUGCUACUAAUCAAAAAACUGAUACUGGCUCUAAAUCAUUCGCCUCAAUUGAGUCAUAUGAUGAAAAAACAAAAUUUAUUAAGCACGUAUUCGCCCAUGCAUCACCCAUAUCAUCGUUUGAGAAUGAUUAUUCCAAAUUCAAUGGGGGAAGGCGGCAUUCAGAUUUUGUCGAAUUUGUUAUUACCGCACCUUCCACAGAUACCUCUAAAAAUAACGAAAAAAUAUCACACCUGGACCGUGCAGUACAGCUUCAAAAUGAGGAGAUGCAGCUAAGGUCCCAAGUCACAGAUUCACUAACUAAGGUUUUGUUGGAUAUGCCUUUGAAUGAAUAUAUCAAGGUUAUUAAAUCCGUUCUAGAUGAGAUGACUACUACGAGUCCUACAUGA